UCUCACACAACCAAACGCGGGUCUCAAGCGUCGUUUAAACGAAAUUCCACAAGCUUCUUCCUGCCUUUUAAAUCUCAGGUCCUUCGUUAAUUCACUCCCAUUUCAAAUCAAAAUCUCCCUCUCCUUCACUCUCUCGCACGCGAAAAACAAACAGAAAUUCUAUACUGCGACGAAGAUGAUCGCUACACUAAAAACUGAAGAAGCGAGCCAGUUACAGCUGGUGGAGCGAGAAGAUAUCGAUGACGAAGAGUAUUUGUUUGAAGCCAUCGACAAAUUGAUAUCUGCAGGAAUCAAUGCCGGAGACGUGAAGAAGCUUCAAGAUGCUGGGAUCUACACCUGUAACGGUUUAAUGAUGCACACUAAGAAGAACUUGACUGGAAUCAGAGGUUUAUCCGAAGCUAAAGUUGAUAAGAUCUGUGAAGCAGCAGAGAAGAUAGUGAACUAUGGUUAUAUCACCGGAAGCGAUGCUCUACUAAGAAGAAAAUCUGUGAUUCGCAUCACAACUGGAAGCCAAGCCCUCGAUGAACUCUUAGGCGGUGGAAUAGAAACUUCGGCUAUCACAGAAGCUUUUGGAGAAUUUAGGUCUGGCAAAACACAGCUGGCACAUACUCUAUGCGUUUCUACACAGCUUCCUGCAAACAUGCGAGGAGGGAAUGGGAAAGUUGCUUACAUUGAUACAGAAGGAACUUUCCGGCCUGAUCGAAUUAUACCAAUAGCGGAAAGAUUUGGGAUGGACCCGGGAGCUGUUCUUGACAAUAUCGUUUAUGCUCGUGCAUACACAUAUGAGCAUCAGUACAAUCUGCUUCUGGGUUUGGCAGCGAAAAUGUCGGAAGAACCAUUCAGGCUUCUGAUUGUGGAUUCUGUUAUUGCUCUAUUUCGAGUAGAUUUUACAGGGAGAGGAGAACUGGCCGAGCGCCAGCAAAAAUUGGCUCAGAUGCUCUCCCGAUUGACAAAAAUAGCUGAAGAAUUUAACGUUGCAGUCUACAUGACCAACCAAGUUAUUGCCGACCCUGGUGGUGGGGUGUUUAUAUCAGAUCCAAAGAAACCAGCAGGAGGGCACGUGCUAGCCCAUGCAGCCACAAUAAGGUUGAUGUUCAGGAAAGGCAAAGGUGAACAGCGCGUGUGCAAGGUGUUUGACGCCCCUAAUCUGCCUGAAGCUGAAGCAAUAUCCUUGCAUUAUUACUAUUUUUAAUUAUGAAGAAUUUUUUUGAUUGCCCCAAAUUACUUAAACCCAUAUCUUUUUAUCAUGAUGGCCAAACUCAAAAUGACUCACCGUCAUUGUUCAUCAUGAUCAUUGACUAUAAUCAGGGCUUCUCACAUAGCAUAGCAUAUAGCAAAUUUUUAUCUUCACAGUACUACAGCUUUUUGUUUAGUUAUCCUUGAUAGAAACACGUCUUUCAGAUAACACCAGGGGGCAUUGCAGACGCAAAGGACUAGCUCAGAGAUGAGAGACCAAAAUUGGCAGCUAUAUUUUCUAAUAUU